GCGAGCGCUCAAUCGCCGCACACACUCGUCGCGAGACCAAAGCGCUGAACCAGCAUUGGUCUACUAUCGCCGCCGGUGUCCACUCUGGCGGGUACGGUAGUCACGGUAGCCGCAGUUCACACCGCUGCUCAGUCGGUCAGUAGUCACACCAUCAAAUAGUGCGAUCGCGCUAACAUAUUAUAUAUUUUUUUUUAACGAUACGUAACUCGCUCGCCUCGCCGCAUCUAUAUACACGAAUAUUCGUCGCAGUGAUAAUUUAACGUGUUAAAAUAAUAUAUCGAGAUAUUUGUUUUAUUUAAAUCGCAUAACAAAACGCUUUUCACGUCACUGACGAAUAUAUAGUAUAAUAUUAUCGUAUAUUUGUGUCCGCGAUAAUCGAUUUGGUCUUAUACUCGUAUAUAGUUGUACGCUCCGAGAUUUUUGCAGUGAACCUAUAUACAGUCGACAGACGUAUUUUCGGCGAUGCUCGCGAACUCGUCGUCGUACUUAUAUAUAGAUAACAGUACAUAAUAUACUCGGGCGGCCACUCGAGUCCACGUCGCGAUGGCCGUGCUGGACGGAGGCCGCGACAACGUGGUGGUGUCCAUAUCGGUGUCCGAGUCGCUGAAAAUGUUUUCCCUAUCCGUGGUCUGGGGUUCGUGGAUCAUGGUCAAGAACGCGGUCGCUCUGGCUGUCCGGCCGCUGUGGUCCAACGACACGGGCCACGGGAACCACAAACGCUCGGCCGCCAACGACGACGCUGUCGCCACUGCGGCUGGCAAAGCCAUCGGCCGCCGGGCGCUCAACAGGGACCGUCCGCCACCGUGUCUGUUCGACGCGGUUUACGGUGCACACUCGUACGUCAAAGUCAAGGGUGUCAAAUUGCAUUAUGUUGAAUGUGGUGACCCUAAAGGUGAAAUUGUCCUUUUACUACAUGGAUUCCCAUCUUGUUGGAUUAGUUGGCAUCACCAAAUACCUACCUUAUCAGAACAUUUUCGUGUUAUUGCUGUAGACCUAAAAGGUUUUGGUGACUCUGAUAAACCAUCAGCACGAAAGAGCUAUCGAGUAGAAAUUCUGAUUGAAGAACUAGUCAUGUUUUUAUCGAUGCUAGGAGUGGACGGCCAUAAUAAAUGUCAUGUGAUCGGCCACGACUUGGGUGCUCUAUUAGGCUGGUAUCUAGUGAAUCUGUGGCCAAACUAUGUUUCAAAAUUUGUAGCCAUUUCAUGCCCACAUCAUGUCCACUGGGAAUACUUGCCUCCGUCAAGUUUCUUUAACAAAAAUUGGAUUUACUUCAGCCAACUUCCUUAUUUACCAGAAAUGGAUGCUUUACAAAGUGAUCUCAAAAUAAUAAAUCAGUGUUAUCAACACCUAUCUAAAACUAAGCAAAGCGAUGACUUAUCCUACAUAGAUGCUUAUAAAUAUACAUUUUCAAGAACAGAGGAUUGGACUGGUGCAAUAAAUUAUUUUAGAAACUUACCGUUCUACAGAAUUGAGCCUCGGAAUAGCAACGAUUCUUUAAAUAAAGAAGAAGACAUGCUACAAGUUCCAUGUUUGCUCAUCACUGGUAGUAAUGAUGUAAGUGUAAAAAUGGAGAGUUUUAUCAAGUCUACAGAGUUUCUUAAAACAUCUACUGUGAGAAUAAUUGAUAACGCAUCACACUUUCCUCAUCAAGAGCAACCUAAAUUAGUCAAUGAUCUAUUGACAUCAUAUUUAGUUCGUAUAAAAAAUGUCCAAAAAGAACUUCAACCACAGAACUCUGGUGGUAUAGUUGGACGAAUGAAAGGUAUUGUUACGUCUACAGUUCAAUAUGGAAAUACGUUGAAAGAUUCAAUGCAAAGAAACAUUUUACCAAUCACGACCAACACAUCAUAGCAUAAUUAAUGUUUUUCAUUUAUAACACUACUAUAAUUUUAUAAUUUAAUUUAUGCUAUUGUAAUUAUAUUAUAGGUAUAUCAAUAAUAAUAAUAAUAAUAUGAGAAAUUUUAUCAUACAUAAUGAAUUGUUAAUAAUUAAUAAUCACUUAAUAUUUUAUUUAAUAUUUGUUAUUACUUAAUAAUUAUAAAAUAAUUUUUAUACCUAACUUUGCUAAAUGAAAAAUACGGUGAACACGUGUAUUAUGCAUUUAUAUUAUUUCUAUAAAUAAUCGUUCACAUAAUCACGUGUACCAAGGAAGUUAAUUAUAUAGUAAUAAUUUUAUCUACUUUGCUAUUAUUGUGAAUUAUUUAUAAGGUAAAUUGAAAUUAAUAUAAUCAUAUAAAACCUAAUUGAGCUUUAAAAGCUAAUAAUACUUGAUACUAUAUCUUCUAUAGUCGAUAGUAUGAGUUUUAAAAGUUCACUCUGGUAUGAAACGAAUAAAUUGCUUUGUUAAUGUAAGUAUUUAUAAA